CAUUUAUUUUCAGCAGGAAAUUUAAAACUCAACUUGGUACCGCAAAUCUUCCAUUCAGGAAGGGCGUGUGGGAAAGUUUGUUUACGUUUGGAAUAACUAAAAUAGUAGUUUGGUGCUGUCAAUCCAGUUCAUGAAAAUGCCUGCAUACCAUUCACAAUUGAAAUCGGAUGUGCUUAUUGGUAAUAUGGCACUCCUUCCACUAAGAACACAGUUUCGAGGGCCCGCACCACGUACAGAUGCCGAGCAAGAUAUUAUUGAUGAAGCCAUAUAUUUCUUUAAAGCGAAUGUGUUCUUCAGAACAUAUGAAAUCAAAAGUGAAGCAGAUAGAGUACUUAUAUAUUUAACCUUAUAUAUCACAGAAUGUUUAAAAAGGCUCCAAAGAUGUUCAAAUAAGAAUCAAGGUCUUCAAGAGACAUACAGCUUAGCUAUAGCCAAAUUCGAUAUUCCUGGUGAUCCUGGAUUUCCUCUUAAUGCAGUGUAUGCCAAACCAACCUCUCCUGCAGAUGCUGACACUAUGAGGCAAUAUUUACAACAACUGAGGCAAGAAUGUGGUCUUAGACUGUGUGAAAAAGUUUUUGACCCAGAAACAGGAAAACCAAGCAAGUGGUGGCUAUGCUUCGCCAAAAGGAAAUUCAUGGAUAAAAGUCUCUCUGGACCUGGCCAAUAACACACACUUCUCUAUAAAUAUAAAAUUUUUAAACAUUAUUAAGAAUGAGAAUUAUUAAAUGGUAUAGAUUUAAAUAUUUCGUGUAUAAAAGUACUUUCUAAUUUUGUUUAAUAUUUUGUUUUAUCAUUCAUUGAAUUUGUAAUAUUUAAUAUAUGUAUAGAAAAUCUGUAAAAAAAGAAGGAAAAUAUGAAUAUUUUAUAAAAUGUCUGCUAAUUUGCAUCUCAUAUUUGAUGUAAAAAUUCCAUAAAUCACAUUUUCAAUAUUAAGAAGAAAAAACUGUUCUGUUAUUUCAAUUUUAUAUUAUUCAAAAUGCAAAAUAAACUUUUUUUAGAAUAAA